GAAAUGUUGCCUUUACUCUGGGGAUUUGGCCUUUUGGUUGGCAGUUUGCUGCAAGCAAAUCCUGCCGAUUCAGUCAAGCUAAUUCCAAACUUGGGCUACUAUGUGGAGAUGAGGCAGAUUGAUUGCGUGGGCAAUCCCAACUAUUUCAACAGCAUGUACUGCAAAAUCCUUCCACCCAAUAAUAGGACCAUGGAGGCAUCCGUGGUAAUUAUGCAAAAGUUGACCGCCCUAAGUGGUUCGCUCAGGGUAUCCAUUCCGAAUGCCAAAAAGGUCAUAACCCAGAUAUUCGAUAUCACCUUCGAUGUGUGCAAAGUUUUGCGUGAACGCAAGCGAAAGGUGCUGAUUGACCUAUUGGUCAACACUUUGGCCAGGAACAGCAAUGCUAAGGCUUGGAAAUGUCCUUUUCAAAAGGGAUCUUUUGAGUCUAGAAACAUCUCCGUUACCGACUUGCCGCCUAUGUUAACCGAAUCGGAAUUUUACGUCAACUUGGACUUCUUUAUACCCAAGGUGGCCAUUGGCAUGAAUGUAACUCUUCAUGGGCAUCUUUAUGAGAUUGCCAAGGAAAAGAACAGAAGAAGGAAAUAUUUGUAA